AUGCCCUCAAAUUUGUACCUUUUGGUUCUACCAGUCAACGUCCUCUAUGUGGUUAUAGGAAUCAUCCUUUUCCUUUCCUUGCACCGAGCGUACAAGGCUCGCGCGCGUGUGAAUGAACUGCGCAAGAUGUCCAUGCCGAUGCCUCCAUGGAACUGGUUCACGGGACACCUCCUCAUUCUGCAGCGAUACAUGUCUAAAUUUCCUAAAGAUACAUUCAUCAAUGUCAUCAUCUCGGACGUAGCACGUGAGCUUGGGAACGUCGACAUGUUCUACCUAGACCUAUGGCCAUUCCUGAAACCGACAUUGUUCAUAUGCAGUCCUGAUCCAGCAUUCCAGGCCGCGAACAAGUUCAACCUUCCGAAGCCUUCUAUGUACCGGGUUAUGUUUGAGCCAAUCAAUGGAGGGCCCAAUUUAUUGACAAUGAAUGGGGAGCAGUGGAAGUUCUGGCGAUCGCUUUUCAACCCAGGAUUUGCUCCUGCGUAUCUGAUGCAGCAGGUUCCGGCCAUCAUAGACUGUGUUCAAACUUUUACCGAUCGUCUGAGGGACUUGGAUGGCAAGGUCUUGCCUUUGCAGAACUUCACAACUCCGCUUACAAUGGAUGUCAUCAUGAGAGUUGCACUGGAUCUUGAGUUGAACUGCCAAAGAAACGAGCACCCUCUUGUGAACUCUUUGUUGACCAUGAUAAGCUGGAGUAAACUGGGAAAUCCACUAGCAAGAUUUAACCCUGUUCGGACCUUCGUUCUACGAAAGCACGACAAAAUCAUGAAUCGCAUUAUAGGCGGUGAGCUUCAAAAAAGAUUUGAAGAGCUGCACAACAGCAGUCAAUCCGCCACUGAUGUCGAUUCAAAACGGUCAAAGUCGGUAGUUACGCUUACGCUCUCUGAGUAUCACAAAGUCAACAACAACAGCAAAGUUGAGAGCGCUACUCUGGACAAGCACUUUGCUGAUUUUGCCACGUAUCAACUUCGACUGUUUCUGUUCGCAGGCCACGAUACUGUUACCAGUGUCCUUGUGUAUAUUUACCACAUGCUGUACAAGCACCCCGAGGUUCGAUAUCACAUGUGCCAGGAGCACGAAGCCGUCUUUGGUCCUAAUGCAUCCAACGCCUCGAACAUUCUCCGCGCAAAUCCUUUAUUACUAAACCAGACUCCAUUCACCCUCGCUGUCAUUAAAGAAACCAUGCGCCUCUUUCCCCCAGCAGGCGCAAUGCGCGAAGGCGGCCCCAUCCUCGUCGACCGAAAUGGUCUGAAGUUCCCCACAGACGAUUGUCUCGUCUCCAACUCCCACCAUACAAUCCAUCGUAACCCCAACGUGUGGGUUCGAGCUGAAGAUUUUCUCCCAGAACGAUGGCUUGUGGAUGCUAGCCACGAACUGUAUCCCCCACCCGAUGCAUUCCGACCGUUCGAACUGGGCCCACGAAUGUGCAUCGGUCAUAAUCUCUCGCUUAUCGAACUGAAGAUAACGUUAAUCAUGACGGUGAGGACGUUCCGCGUUGAGCCUGCUUAUGAGAAGUGGGAUGAAUUGAAAGGGAAGGGCAUUGCAGAAAGAGCUCUCGGGAAGUGGUGGAGUGGAUGCGAAAAGGUGUUGACUGUGGAUGGGGACAGAGCAUAUCAAGAGGAGAAGGGAGGCGCUCAUCCUUCGGAAGGGUAUCCUUGUACUGUACAGGUUAUUAGUCAAGGUUGA